AGUUGCAAACGCACGCAUUGAAGAAGAGGUUGCUUUUUUCCGCGUCUUUUGCUAUGAGCAUCUUUCAAGAGCCAUCCAUAUCAGCACAAUAACGACAUCAGUCAUGCAGCAAAGGAGAGAUAAUUAUUCUGGAAUGGCGGACGAGGUUGAGGUGCUGCAGACGAAAGUCGAUCGUGCCAUUGAACUUGGGUUACAACCCCCCGAUACAGACGAGAUAAGCCAGCUUUUAACGCUAAGAUUAACAUUAGACAACACAAAUGAGCAGCUUAAAAUGCUUGACUACCGCUGGCAAACCUACCUCGACAAGCAGUACGUUCAAUCACAACACUUAGACGAGUUUCUAGAGAGCUUAGUGCAAGUCCUACUGAAGAAGAAACCGGAACGACCGUUGGAGGAGCUUCUCAUCUAUCUUGAGAGCGAGAAGAAAUGA